CACCUCCUCUUCCCACCCCAUCUCCCUUCCCCCCUUCUCUCCUCGCGCUCGCGUCGACGCCCGCGCGUGAGAGCUCGCCGGCACGGGAGCAGUACCCUCCUCCAGCCCUUCUUCCCCUCCGCAGGAGCAGGUCCCGGAGAGGGGUCGCAGGGGAGGCGACGUACUCAUCGCUGAUGGCGCCGCCAUCAGGAGACGACGACCUGGACAGCAGCCAUGUUGAUGUUGGCCAGGUCUGCUAGUGCAGCAAACCUCGAGGCCGGAAGGCCAAGUAGAUUUCAGGAGAGCAGGGCGGUGAGAUUGACUUGAUCAAUAGGUUGGGGUCUCGUAAUUAAUACUAGCAGCACACACCAAGGAAGCUAGUGCUGGAACCUUUGAGUUUUCUUGGCGAUGGAUGGUAACGCACAGCGUGAGGGAGCAAACAAUGGCAAGAGGCUGACUGUCACCAUGGAGUUGGACACCCUUGACUGCCCCAUCUGCUUUGAGCCCCUCAAGCCUCCGAUAUUCCAGUGUUCCGUGGGGCAUUUCCUAUGCUCGUCAUGCCGUAGCAAGUACCUGGACAACAAGUGCCACAUAUGCUCUGCCAGAACUACCUUCACCCGCUGCUUUGGGAUGGAACAUGUCGUGCAGUCAGUCAAGGUUCCUUGCACCAAUGCCAUGUACGGAUGCACCAAGUACGUCACUUACUACCAGAAAGUAGAACACGAGAAGGCGUGCGCUCCUUGGGUGUGCGCUGCUUGGGGGUGCUUCUGCCCAGUGCCCUCCUGUACCUUCCUUGGGCCAACGGAUUCGCUUGUGUACCAUUUAACCACUGAUCAUGAGAUUCCAUCUACAACCCUCCCAGAUUCUGACACGGUCUCUCUCCAGUUACAGCUGGGCUUACAUGUUCUGGAAUGCAACAGGACCGACUAUUUUUUCCUGCUCAAGAUGUCAUUGGUGGCUACUGGACAUGCUAUCUCAAUCAUCUGCGUCCAACCUAGCACUACGGAACCCAAGUUCACAUGUAAUAUGAACUACGACUGCUCCGCGACUGGUUUUUGUGAAAGUUCAAGUUGCCAUAUCAGAAGCUCUUCAUUGUAUGAUGGAUUCCCGGAGGGCUUUGACUUAAUUCUGCCCAAGGGAAAGAUCCCUGAUGAUCGAAACGGUAUCUUACUCGGAAUCACCAUCCAUCAAGCUUUAAGUGUCAGCAGAGCCAGUCUCCAAGGAAAGGGCCCGACUCCUGCUCCUCAAGGAAAGGUUAUAGCCUUUGCUCUUCAGCGUAAACUUCGUAUUCAUUGUUCUGAUUCAUAAUAUAUCUGUGUAUUCCAGAGGUGUAGCGUGUUGCUGUUAUCAUGCCUGGGUUUCAGCUUUCUGUUUCCAGGAUAUAUGUUGAGUCUACGAUCUUAAGUAUGGUAGUUGUUUCAACAAUGCAUGUUUUGGUGUUCGGAACUCAACUUGUGACGCAGUCCAUGACCUGCUAUAAAGUUGUAUAUUAAGUUUAAGUUUAGUACUUUUCUGUGCUUUUGUUA